GACACAUAGACGCGUUGUUGGGAACCAGAAAGGUGAAUUUUGAUAAACUUGAACACAUACCAAUUCCGGAGUAAAUAACAUGGUUCUGGGAGGUUUUAUUUUUAGAAAAUUAUUGGGAACAUAGAAAAGCAUGACUCUUGCUAACAACAAUUUUGCCGUAGCGGACUGGAUUAUAUUUGCCGGAAGCCUUUUUCUUUCGGGAUGUAUCGGGAUUUACCAUGCAAUUUCUGGCGGAAAACAGAGGACUACGAAGGAUUUUCUGAUGGGAAAUCGAAAACUGAAGACACUUCCUGUAGCUGUAUCAAUCUUGGUUUCCUUCUUGUCCGCCAUUUUGAUUUUAGGCGCACCAGCAGAAAUGUAUACGAAAGGCACCCAAUAUUACAUGAAUGUCUUCGGCCAGAUGGCAGCUGUUGUCUUGGGAACGAUUCUCUUCGUUCCUUUGUUCUAUCCUCUUAAACUUACCAGCAUGUUUGAGUACGUUGAACUCCGCUUUAAAUCGAGAGCAACACGUUUGACAGCAACUGCCAGGGCCGUAACUGCCGAUGAGCUGAUAUACACCGGAGUGGCAUCGUUUGCUCCAUCAACAGCCCUACAGGCUGUAUCUGGAUUUCCGGAAUGGGCCUCGUUUUUACUGAUUGGAUGUGUGUGCACGUUCUACACAUUCAUGGGUGGCCUUAAAGCUGUGGUGUGGGUCGAUGCUUUCCAGUCCAUCAUCAUGUUCGGCAGUCUACUAGCAAUCAUAAUCAAAGCUACUGUUGAAGUUGGCGGUUUUGGAAAUGUCUGGGAAUUAAAUGAUGACUGGGGUCGGAUAGAUUUUUGGAAUUUUGACGUUGACCCAACAAUACGUCAUACUUUUUGGGCCCUAACUCUUGGAGGAAUGGUGAACUGGAUCGGAACUUUUGGCGCCAGUCAGCAGAGUAUGCAGAGGUUUUGUGCCCUCCCGUCACUGAGACAAGCCAAAAUAGCCGUCCUCCUGAACUGUGUGGGAGUGUCUGUGAUGGUGACCUGUGCAUGUGCAGCUGGUAUAUCUGUAUUUGCGUACUACGUCAUGAAAGGAUGUGAUCCAUACACCAACAAAGACAUCAAAAAUACAAACCAGAUUAUUCCGAAUUUUGUAAUGGAGAAGCUGAAUUUUCCAGGAAUACCGGGCCUUUUCAUUGCUGGUCUUUUCAGUGGAGCUUUAAGUACGGUAUCAUCGAAUCUAAGUUCUUUGGUAGCCACGGCGUGGGAAGACGUCAUCAAACCACACGUUCACCAUAAGUCGGACUUCGUGCAAACGUGGAUAACAAAAUGUUUAGUUCUGGUUUUUGGGGCCAUCGGUGUCGGAGUUGCCUUUAUCGUGAAAACUUUAGGUGGGACUGUAUUACAGGUAUCUCUGAGUUUUAUGGGAGCCUCUGGUGGAGCCCUGAAUGGAUUUAUAGUGCUGGGGGCCUUCUUUCCGUGUUGUAAUUGGAUUGGAGCAAUAGUAGGUCCUAUCGUGUCUUAUGCUGUCAUGAUGUGGAUUGGCAUCGCCAAGUACAGUGUCAUAGGAGUUGAAGAAAAGCUUGAUUUUCCCACGCAAAACUGCCCUGUCAAAAACACAAGCACCUCACUGUUCACCACCCAGAUUACACCUUACCCAAUGACGGCUAACACCAACAUGAUUACGACAGUGAACACCCAUGUUUCUGCGUCACCAGAUGAGCUGUCUGGAUUGGACCGCCUGUAUUCGCUGUCCUACCUCUGGUACGCCACUCUCGGAUUAAUUAUAUCCGUCGUGAUCGGUUUAAUUGUUAGUUUUAUUACAGGGCCUACAAAACCUAAAGAUCUUGACCCUGCUUAUUUGAUCCCUUGGUGUGACAGACUUUGUUGUUAUCUUCCGUCAUCAUUCAGGUCUUACUGUUACUGUGGAGUCGACCAUGAAAAUCAGGAGCCAGUACUCGCCAUACGGUACGGGAACUCUGUAGAGGACAAGGAAGGGAAUGAACCACAAGUAUUCGUUUUAUCAAAGGACAACAACAUCAAUAACCAACAUCAGCUGGUCGAUGUUAAGCACAAUAAACCGGAAAAGGGAUUUUUGGUUCAUUAAUUACUAUGCACAGUAAAACACGAUUAUAAAGAGCGUUCGUUAUUAAGAGAAUUCACGCUUAUUACAAAGUGACAUUUCCCUGCGAAAGGUAAAUACUGAACAAUUUAUUGGAUAUAAGGAAAGAUGAUUAAGAUGAACUGUUUUUCUCUGACCCUUCAAGUUUACUAUAACCGUGUUUUACUGUAUAAUGGAAGUUUGAGUGUAAUGAACUGUUUUUCGCUGGCCAAAGAGAUUCACUAUAACAGUUUUUUUUACUGUAUGAUGAAGUUUGGUUAUAAUGAACUGCCCUGGAGGUUCACGAUAACCGUGGUUUACUGUUCAAUGAAGUUUCGUUAUAAUGAACAGUUUAACGCUGUCCUAGAGGUUCGCUAUAUCCGUGUUUACUGCACGUUAGUAAAAUAGGUUCUGUUUCCGUCUCGGAAAGUGAUGUUGAUGUUGAGAGAUCUGCUUGUGAUGUCUAUAUCACGUCCUAUAUCAACCAUUUCCUACUCCAUAACAGACAGUGUCACCAGUGUUUUCUUCUUUAUAAUCCAUUCAUUCCCAGGAUAGUAGAACUUGAUGACUGUAUGAUUGAGAUUAAAACACUUUAAUUAGAAUGGUGGAUAACAAAAACUUUUGGAUUCUUGAAACAUUUGUUUGCUACAAAAUAUAAUUAUUCAUCAUUGUCUAUAUCUGAUGUUCGAUGUCAUUUUAUAACAUUGUAUAUAAGCUUCUUUCGUACUUAGUGAUAUCGUUAAUGAAAUUACAUGAGAUUGAUCAACGUUCGUUGUCUUAUCUCUCUCAUGAAGGCUCACUGUUAGGACUGAGCUAUUUGUACAGUACGUACACAGGCUACGGGAACCAUAUUUACAUGUAUGAGGAAUACUUUAAUUGUACAAUAUUUACGCAUGCUCUGAAAACUAUUUCAUUUAUGCUUUUUUUCGUGCAGUAUAUACAUGCACAAGUAAAAUCACUAUAUUUGUGAGCGACAAGUUGUCGUUGCAUGAAAAAUAUACAUGUAGCUUUUGGGUGUUGCUCUUAUGGUUUUAAAAUCUGUUUUGAAUUCAAUGAGAACGAUUAUGCUAAGCAUAUGUAUUUUUGGCAUCCUGAUUCACAUCCUUGUUUGCAGAUCACAUGGAGAAGGUUUAAUGAAUACAGUAUAUUUGAUUUGUUUUAAGGGGAGCAGGACAUUUUCAGAUAUUGUCAACAUAUUCAGAUUUUGUAUUCGGUGUCAUUGAUUGUGUAAAAUAGUAAAAACAUAUUUUUCUCAAUUAAAGAUUCAUUAUGAUAAACGUAAUUACAUAUAUACAGGGUUAUUUUCGCCCCGUGUUAUUUUCGCCUUUUUACACGUGCAGACAGUUUCGCCCCGUUCUAAAUUCGCCCAGACAUAGUUGUGUUAAAAGAGAGAUAUGAAAGAAAAUAAUUUCGCUAAAUUCGCCCAGUGACAACGAGUGGAAAAGGGACGAAAAUAAAUCGGGGGGCGAAUAUUUCCCUGUAUACAGUACAUAUGUUGUUACAUUAGAUCUGCACUGCUAUCUGUCCACUGUUCUACAUAUGUAUAUACAUGUACCUAUAUUUACA